ACCACGUUGAGCUUGGGCGACAACGCAAACUUACCACUUCGGCCCUAUGCUUGCAUACAACACGGGGCACCACUGCAACAAACACACGUCUCCGUCGCUAAAUCCGCACAACUGCCUUCACAACCACCACCACCAACGCUCACAACCCCCGGCCACCACAUUCUAGAUUGGAGGUUGUGGCCCUCGCUUCUGAUAAUCAUCGCCGAAUACUUCUUUUCAGUAACUUGGCGCCUCGUUCCAUCCGGCAUUCGACCCGUAGGCGCUGGUUACACGGAGCUCGGUGUGGUGCCCGACCUCUCCCCGGGCAACCGUCGCUGUUCUACCAGAGCAGCUGUGCCUUGGAGCUUCCACAACUAGCCGUCCGAACGAAGGUGCUAGACUAUGCGCAGAUCGGCCCGUCAUCAUCAUGGCAGAGACGAAGAUGCAGCUAGUUGACUGGCUUGAUGAUCUCUGUGUUCGCUUCAUUAUUAACCUCCCCCACGAAGAACUUACCUCUGUCGAGCGCAUCUGCUUCCAGAUCGAAGAAGCACAAUGGUUCUACGAAGACUUCAUCCGGGCACAGGACCCGCAACUGCCGCAGAUGAACCUUCGUCGCUUCUGCGAACUCAUCUUCCAGCAUUGUCCGCUGCUUGCCCCGUUCCAGGCCUCAGCCGCGCUAUCAUAUGCAGAGUUCCUAGCCUACAAGACACGAGUUCCUGUGCGAGGAGCGAUCUUGCUUAACUCAGACAUGACCGCAGUUGUGCUGGUCAAAGGCUGGAACAAGAAGGCCAAGUGGAGCUUUCCCAGAGGCAAAAUCAACAAGGAGGAGAAGGACCUGGAUUGUGCGAUUCGGGAGGUAUACGAAGAGACUGGGUAUGAUGUGCGGGAAGCUGGACUCGUGGCCGAAAACGAAGCCGAUAUCAAGUUCAUUGACAUGUCCCUCAGAGAGCAGCAAAUGCGGCUAUAUGUCUUUAGAGACGUGCCCAUGGAUACUCGUUUUGAGCCAAAAACGAGAAAGGAGAUUAGCAAGAUCGGUUGGUUCAAGGUCUCGGAUCUUGCCGCAACAGGGAGUCAAAAACAUAACUCUGGUGGACAAGGUCAGCAGCCAUCUGGCACAAACGUAUCUCAGGAUGGGCUUAAGAGCUCGCAAUUCUAUAUGGUGGCGCCCUUCAUCCGCCCACUCAAACAUUGGAUAAAGCAACAGCGGAAGUUAGACGCUCAAAACGGAAGAAAGACGCAAAAAGUUAUUACCGAAGAGUCCGAGGCCGAGGGCCUGCAAGCUCCUAACCCAACAACGUACGACGACGGUAUGAUGACCACGGACGCUGAAGACGAGACGCACUUUCAGAAAUUGUUGUCUGGCUUACAAGCUGGAUCACAACGCCCGUCUGUUUCUCAGUCGGAACCCGGACCGGCAGCAGCGAGCACGGCGGAUUUGUCAGCGCAGUUGAAGGCCAUGUUGAGUGUUGGUGGACCAGCCGCACCCCCGGCGCAACAACAGCUAGAUAGCAAUCCCUUGAUGAGUAUGUUGCGUAGCAAGCCUCAGGUAGGAGGCAUGCCUCCGCAUACGCCUUUGGAACAAAUCACUUCUACGCCUCCACAGGCAAAUACGCCACAUCAUCAUCACUCGCAUCCGCCACAACAUUUGGAGGUGUCUCACGGACCCCCUCCACCCUUUCCUAUAUCACCUCCGCAAAUGCACCAUGGACCUCCGCCUCCAAUACCCCAAGGCCCUCCGGGUCCGUGGCCUGGCCAAUCGUCUGAACCUUUUCAUGCGCAACUCCGCCAAUUGCAUCCUUCUCAUUAUACAGGACAUCGCCAGCCUGGUCCUCCACCGCCGCAGCAUGAGCACCAGCGUACACUUUUUGGUACAAACAUACCAGCGCCUCCUCCUCCAACGCAAGUGUCGAACCCUCUUCAAACAGGAGAUCCGGCCUUCAGAUCGCAGCACUUCCCGCAAUAUAACCAUGCGCCUGCUUCGCUGCCAAUUCCCAAACCAGCGCCAGAAAAACUCUCCACUCACGCCAUGAAUCUGCUUAGCGCGUUCAAGAGCCCUACUGCAACAACUGUCCAACCUGUACAACCCCAGACACAUGGAAGCUUACCCGAGCUGGCGACAGAGCAACCCUCAAACCUGGUGCUUCCAACAGAGCGCGUAACUCGUGCUGGUGCCGUACUACCCACAUCCUCGCAAGAGCAAAACCAGCAGCGUUCUCCAGAAAUGGAAAUCCACCAACCACAAGCCCAACGCUCCCGCAACGCACACCAAGAAUCUCUCCUUAGCCUUUUCAAGAAAGCCGAGAUACCAGCUCAACCUCCAUCUCAGGCUUUGCAACCUCCCCCUCGGGACAUUGUCCACGGUAGAGAUGCCGAACCUGUCGAACUAGCUGCACAGCCGAGUCCUCACAUGUCCCGCGAAGUCGUGACGAAACCAGUGCAGCAUAAACUUAGUAUGCGACGUCUGCCUCAAGUCAAUACGACUGUCGCAGCAACUACUUCUGCAGACGAGCACUCCUCGAAAACACCACAAUUAACUUCAGCAACGGUUUCGGGUCCACUAAACGCACCAGACUUCGAGACUGUGAAGAAGAGCCAGCCUGUCCGGCCCGUGGAACUCGGCAAUGGCAUUCUGUCUCCAUCUCCUGGCACAGCCGUUUCCUCACCACCAUCUGCAAGUGGUAUUGGAAUCCGGAGCGGAGCACUGAGGUCUGAGAGCGCCAGCAUGAGACAGACCGCUACUCCUCCUGUACCGAUACACACAGUCUCGCAAAAUGUUGUUAUGGAGGCACCGAGGCCUUUUCAUCCUACCACUAUUUUGCGGAGGUCGGCAAAGGAUAUCGCUGAGAUGGCUCGAGCUGAAGAAGACAAUCCGCAGAUGUCCGUCCUGCAGCCGCAACACCACGCACCGGCUUCUGCGCCGCAACAAGCUAUUCCACAGCCCGUCGGUCAAGUUCCACAACAGCAGUCUCAACCUCGCUCACAGAUCCCAGCUUUCGAUCGGAGGGACAGCAGCAGUCUUGCACAAAAGAAUGCUCUUCUGAACUUAUUCAGAGAAACUAGUGAGCGAGCAAAGCCCGAUGUGGCACCUGCUCAACGAUCGCCCGCAGAAUUUCCAGGCUCGUUACCAGUCAGCGGCUUUCCAUCAGGCCACGGUCGCACGAGCGGUAUCGGCUCACCUGUGUCGCCAAUUCCUAUGCAUCUCCCUCAUCGACAGAACACAGCGGAGGCGCAGUACUCACAUCAGCCAUCGCUGGAGCCUACCCCACGUUCUUCACGUAUCAGCAGCCUAAACUCCAUGCCGAACGAGGUAUCAACUCUCCCAUCGUAUGCUGUAGGUGCAGCGCUUGGAACGCCCUUGGUGGGCGGGGUUACUUCUGCUCCACAGAGCAAGCCUACACCUCCCGUCAAGCGCGGAAGCAUUGCCAGUGAGCAGGGCGGCAGCGGAACGCAGAGUCCAAUCACUCCCGUGGAGAAGAACUUUCUUCUAGGUUAUCUGCAGGGCGUUGUCACGAAGGAGAAGGAGAAUAAUGCGCGGGCGAAUAGACAAGGCGGCUUGCAACGGUGAAUGGGUGUCGAUAUGACAUGAGGGACGAAAUGGGUGAAUUUCAUGGAGGAAAAGGUCGACGGAUAUGAUACCCGAAACGCUUUUCCUCUUGGAAGGGUGAGUGAGAGGUACAGAUAUGUAUAUCAUACUGUAUUAUCGAGUUUUGUUUCAAUGCAAAAUAUGAAGUUCAUUGUGAUUCUAUGGCCAUUAAAGCCUUGGCAUCCUUCCG